AUGGUUACGAGGUGGAUUUUCUCCAGACGGUUCUCUUCCCAAGUGCAGUCCUCGUUCGUUACCACUCCAAUAUUUUACGUGAAUGCAGCUCCUCACAUAGGGCAUCUCUAUUCGUCUGUGAUUGCCGAUGCAAUUCAUCGCUUUAACCAAAUCGCCGACUGCAACGAGCCGGGCCAAUGUUUCUUAAGCACCGGAACCGAUGAACAUGGACUAAAGAUUCAGCAAGCCGCCAUUAAGCAUUCCACCUCGACGGAGGAUUAUUGUAAUGCUAUUGCGUCGAAGUAUCGUAAACUGUUUGACCGUUUUAAAAUCGACUAUACACGUUUCAUUCGAACCACCGACACGGAUCAUCGCCAAGCAGUGCAAGCAUUUUGGCAAUCGCUAGCCGCUUCCGAUAGUAUAUAUUCGGCCAGCUACUCUGGAUGGUACUGUGUGCCGGAUGAAACCUUCCUUACCGAUAGUCAGCUGAAGGAAAAUGAACGGGGCGAAAAAUGUUCUCUCGAGUCAGGACAUCCGGUCGAGUGGACGGAGGAACAAAACUACAUGUUUCGCUUGGGACGCUAUCAGAACGAUGUGCGGCAUUGGGUGAAGGGGUUGGAAGGUCGUCGCAUACAGCCAGAAAAAUUCAGCCGUAUAUUGCUUCAGUACUUAGAAGAGCCUCUGCCAGACAUAUCCAUCUCGCGACCAAUGAACCGUGUAUCAUGGGGUAUUCCUGUCCCGGCGGACCCAUCUCAAUCGGUGUAUGUGUGGCUUGAUGCACUGGUAAACUAUCUAACGGUGGCAGGAUAUCCCAAGCAAAAUUUCCGUGCCCGUUGGCCACCAACCGUGCAGGUGUUGGGGAAAGAUAUUCUUAAGUUUCACGGUAUCUAUUGGCCGGCCUUCUUAAUAGCGGCCAAUUUGGAACCGCCACGACAACUGUUGGUCCAUUCGCACUGGACUGUCGAUAAUCAGAAAAUGUCCAAAAGCAAGCAGAACGUGGUGGAUCCGAACGAGCGUGCGGAACUGUACACCUAUGAAGGUUUGCGAUACUUUUUACUUCGCGAAGGCGUGGCACACAGCGAUGGAAAUUACAGUGACACAAAGAUUUUGCGAGUAUUAAAUUCGGAGCUGGCUGACACGCUUGGCAAUCUUCUUUCGCGUUGCUGUGGGAAAGCUCUUAAUGCGGCAUCCGUGUUUCCGGCGAUCGACAAGGAGGCGUUCGAAUCGUUGAAAGAAGUGGAUGCUACUAAACGGAUGUUGGAAGCGCUUGAAGAAAUGCCAGAUAAAACGCUAAACCAUUACAGAAACUUCAACUUUUACCUGGUAAUUGAUGUCGUUGUGCAUCUACUGCAUACCGCAAAUAAUUUCUUCGAAACCACUACACCAUGGAAGCUGAAGAAAAGUGAUAAUCCUGCCGAUCGUGCUAAGUUAAACACCAUUCUUUCCAUUACGAUGGAGGUACUUCGUCAGACAGGCAUCGUUACACAGCCGAUUGUUCCGGGACUUUCGGCGCAGUUGCUAGAUAAGCUAAAAAUUUCACCUUCAGCUCGCCGAUGGUAUGAUCUGAAAGUGUGCCUCCGUUCCGAGGACAAACCGUUGUUGGCAGACGAAUGCAUACUUUUCCGGCGUAUUGUGCCACCGGCCCAAACGGUUGUUAACAGCGAAACGAGCCGAUCCGAAAAAAAGUCACCAAAAAAGCGAAAACAAUCCAAUUGA